GUAUUGUGCAGGAGCAGCAGACUCCCCGCAGGGAUUCCUAGGGUUACACACAGUGCUGUUUAGAUGGCUGACAGAAAAGAAUAAGUUAGUGAACGGUGCUGCGAACACACUGAGAUUGUCCUUCAAGUGUCUCAGUUCACUAGUUACGACGCAAUGGAGCAAGAAUUUGAAGACAUUGACUCGUCCGGGAGAUGGCAAAACCUUUACAAUGAGAUCCGCAACCAAGCCAGUGAAUACCCUUACAAAGUGGCAAAACUUCCAGCGAAUCGGAAUUUAAACCGCUACAGAGAUGUCAGCCCAUAUGAUCACAGUCGGGUAAAACUUGAAAACUCUGAAAAUGACUACAUCAAUGCAAGUUUAGUCACGGUGAAAGAAGCCCAAAGAGCUUACAUUCUUUCUCAGGGACCUUUGAGGAAUACCUGUGGUCAUUUCUGGUUGAUGAUUUGGGAGCAGUGUACCAAAGCUGUCAUAAUGCUUAACAGAGUGAUUGAAAAAGGAUCGGAAAAGUGUGCGCAGUACUGGCCAACCACAGAUGAGCUACAGAUGUCUUUCACAGACACAGGGUUUGUUGUGAGGCUACUUUCAGAGGAAGACCAAUCCCAUUACACAAUCAGAGUGCUAGAACUGCAAAACACAAAGACGGGCGAGUCGAGAGAGAUCUACCACUUUCACUACACCACGUGGCCUGACUUUGGCGUUCCAGAAUCUCCCGCCUCCUUCCUCAACUUCCUCUUCAAGGUUCGGGAGUCCAGCUCUCUGGACCCAGAGCACGGCCCGUCAGUGGUGCACUGCAGUGCUGGGAUUGGACGUUCAGGGACCUUCGCCUUGGUGGACACCUGCCUGGUCCUGAUGGACAGGAGGGAGAACCCAUCAUCAGUGGACAUACAGAGGGUGCUGCUGAGCAUGAGAGAAUACCGCAUGGGCCUGAUCCAGACCCCCGACCAGCUCCGCUUCUCCUAUAUGGCCGUCAUCGAGGGGGCCAAGCUCAUCCUGACAGACAACUCUGAAGCACAGAACAAGCUGAGAAUGCUAUCCAGAGAUGACUUGGAGCCAGAUCUGCCCCCUCCACCACCUCCACCCAGACCUAACCUCAAUGACAACAGGCCCAAUGGACCCUGUCUGGAACCACAGGACACCUCAGGAGACCACCUGCUGGCAGGAGAGUCAGACAGCCAAGACCACAACGUGGCACAGAACUCUGGACAUGUGAGAAAGCGACACCGUGAGGAGAGGAUUGCCAGCACUGCACAGAGGGUCCAGCAGAUGAAACAGAGACUGACGGAUUCGGAGAGGAAACGAGAGAAGUGGCAGUACUGGAGGCCCAUCCUGCUCAACGUUGGUGUCGGGACAGCCUUGGCUGUCGGCCUGCUGUGCUGGAUGUACUCCCAGUGAAACACUCUGGGUCCCUUAAAACUGAUUCCUAUUUUGCACCGGUACCUGGGAUUAGGUACUUCUUCUCUAGGUAGAUUUAGAUGGUAAUAUGUGUAUAACUGAGGGUAUUUAUUUCUUAAGGUCAAAAUGCGGGAGCGCUAGAUCAAAUGAGUGUGUGUAUAUUUUUCAUGUAAGAUCUUAACAAAAAUAGUAACAUCUCAGGAUCUUGGUGCCAGCACGAUGAUUUAAUUUCCUUUCCUUCUUGUCACUGUUGAAUGAAUGUACUGUGUCAUAGCAAAAUGGCUUUGAAAGAAAUGUACUAAAGGUACAGUACAAAGGAAAAAAAAAUACUUUGACAGGUUUA